UCACCAAGCGCCAAUUGUCUGUGUCAAAUUAAAAGUCCUGUUAAUAAGGUACAUCUUCGUUUUGCAAUGUAACGCGGUGUAAAAUAGACACCGCGGCUCGUGACUGUACCCAUACAAAACGGCGGAGGGCACAAAGUUUACGGACGAAGCGGAUUUAGGGACAAACGGCUGCCUUUUGUAUUUUUAACUUGUUUACGUCGAAGCGCACGAGCCCUGCUGCAGUGAGAGGACGAUCAGCUGAUGCAGCCAGGUAAACUGCAGCCGGACGGAAGGAUGGAUGGAUGAAUGGCUGAGGUUGGAUGGCUGCUUUCUAGUCUAGUGGGGGAUCCGCCGCUUGUCUCAUAUUACACUGCUGCUGCUCCUCUUUAUCUUCCUGUUUCCCUCCAUCGCGAUCGGUCCCCUUCGGCCUGUGAGCGGAUGAAUGCCAAAGCCUGGGAUUUUACAAUCGCCAAAAGGACUCCAUGUCUUUCUUGGACUGUUCCUGCAUCUCCCACGCUCAGGUCCAGCCCUUGGACAUAGAGGAGCGCUAUGAGGACACCAGCCACCAGUUCCUGCAGUGUGUGGUAUAAAGAGGCUCAAACAAACAACAUCACUCACCUUUCACAUGUCGGCCCGUAUCAUAUCAGAGCUGUGACGGUUCUGAAUACACUCUGCAAGGGCCGGCAGGAGGCGAUGACAUCACAGGACUCUCACCUGUGCCGGCCCACUACCAGCUGCUGUCUGAGCUGGGGAGAGGCUUCAACAACCUGAGCCAGGUAAAUAUGGCACGACACAUCCCGACGGGCCAACUGGUGGCUGUCAAACAAACUAACCUGGAUGAGUGCACCGAGGAGGAGCUGCUGCAGCUUAUGAAUGAGGUCCUGCUGUCCCGGCUGUUCCGUCACCCCAACCUGCUGACCUCCCGCUUGGUUUUCAGCUCCUGCUGCCAGCUGUGGGUCCUCACACCGCUCAUGGCAUACGGCUCUGCAGACACCUUACUAAGAACAUAUUUCCCAGACGGAAUGAGUGAAUCCCUCAUUGCGUACCUGCUGUAUGGCGUCCUAAAAGCUCUGGAAUACCUACAUCAGAUGGGCUACGUUCACCGAGGGGUGAAGGCCAGUCAUAUCCUGUUGUCUGGAGAGGGGCGUGUCUACCUCUCAGGGCUGCACAGUGUUUACAGCAUGAUGCGGGAUGGGAAGAGGAUGAGGGCCGUGUUUGACAUGCCUCACCACAGCCCAGCACUGUUGCCCUGGCUGAGCCCCGAGCUGCUACGACAGGACUUGCACGGAUAUGGAGUGAAGUCAGAUAUCUACAGUUUAGGUAUUGUGGCCUGUGAGCUGGUGAGCGGCAGGGUGCCUUUCCAAGACAUGCCCCCCACUCAGAUGCUGCUUCAGAAGCUCCGAGGCUCCCACUGCUGCCUCCUAGAUGUAGCUCCCUUCCCCCUGGGCGAGUUAGGGGGUCUGAAGGUGUCCCGGUCAGGGGUGGACUCCGGCAUCGGGGAGAGCGUGGCAACAGGAAGCUUGACGCACAGCGCCACCGCUCCUCCCACGGAUCGACCUCAGAGCCCCGGACCCAAAAACCACUCCGCCACCCUGCACAACCUGGUCCAGCUGUGUCUGCAGCAGCAGCCUGAGCGCAGGCCGUCAGCAUCCUCACUGUUGACACAUGCCUUCUUCAAGCAGGUGAAGAGACACACCAGAGACUCCUUCCUCAGCCUCAUGUACCCAGCAGUGCCCCUCACCAGCCCAGAGGACCCACCAGUAUCCUGCCCCCCCACACCAUCCUGCCACCCUCUGACAUCCACCCCCACAGACCCUGCCGAGGGUGUGUGGGACUUCUCCUAACCCCAAGUCUCAAAUCUACCGUUCUCCAAAACCUGACUAGCAAGCCAAACACGAGACAAUCAAAGCAAAGCAAUGAGGCCAAAUUCUACUGUGCUUUUAUUUUGUAUUAUCAACUCUCUGAGCCUUUUUAAAGUAGUUUUGUAGUGUUUUUUUAAUAUGUUUGUCUGAGACACAUGCGAAGUAACGGAGGAGCAAACGUCACAAGUGACGUGACUGUGAAAGUGCUGGAUGAAAAAGCUGCUCUGAUCAUAUUUUACAGUCAUGAUGAUAAUGAACUGUUUGUGACUGGUUGACUUUUAAUCAAGCGCUUCCAAAAAGGCAACUGUGAGUUAAAGGAAACAUCCACUUAAAAAUGUAAUGGUUAAAAAUAA